AUGGAUGUCGAGUUAUAUGUAUACGACCUAAGUCAGGGUCUUGCGAGGAUGAUGUCGCAAGGGCUGCUCGGCAUCCACAUCGAUGCGGUUUAUCACACUUCUCUGGUCUUUGGUGGUGUCGAAUACUUCUACGGUGCUGGCGUGCAGACUUGCUACCCUGGAUCAACCCAUCAUGGCCAACCUAUGGAGAAGAUCAAGCUCGGCAAGACUGAAAUUCCUCUGGAUGAUAUCCUCGAAUACCUCGAUUCCUUGAAAGAGACAUAUACAGCAGAGUCAUACGACUUGUUCAAACACAACUGCAACAAUUUCUCUAACGACUUCUCCAUGUUCCUGGUCGGUAAAGGUAUUCCGGACCACAUCACUGCUUUACCUGAAACAGUACUCAACACUCCUUUCGGAGCUAUGAUGAAGCAACGACUUGACGCAGAGAUGAGACACAUCACACAGGCUGCUGUACCUCCGGAGAACAACCCUAUGAUUCAGCCAGCAAAGAAACAACCCAAGAAGCUCGAAGUCCGCGACGGCGCUGCUGCAAAAGCAGACGGCGUGCAUGGCUCCGUUUAUAACGUGACGCAGCCAUCUUCUGUUGAUAACCUUCUCUCUGUCGCAAAAGACAAAUGUGCUAUUAUCUUUUUCACGUCGAGCACUUGCGGCCCCUGCAAGAUGGCAUAUCCCACAUACGAUUCUCUGGCAGCUGAGCACACUAAGGUUCCUUUCAUCAAGAUCGACAUCAAUGAGGCUCACGCACUUGCAUCAAAGUACCAAAUUCGAGCAACACCAACAUUCAUGACGUUCUUACACGGCAAGAAGGACAACGAGUGGACUGGAGCGAACCCUGCACAGCUGAAGGCAAACGUGGAGGCUCUUCUUCAACAAGCUUUCCCUCCUCACCCUCACCUCCAAGUUCGUGUGCCUACUCUGCAAUUUGGCAGGCUCAGUCCCAUCACGUAUUCGAAGGUCCCGCCUCUGGACAAGGUUUUGGCUAAGAUGGGUGAUCAGUCGAAGGACAAGUCUGUGGUUGCCAUGAAGAACUUCAUCUCUUCUCGAUCGUCCAGUGCAUCAGACCUUCCGGCUCUGCCAGAUCUUCCCGCCUUUGCAAGCUGGCUUCGCCAAUCGCCCAGUAAGCUUUCCUCAGAUGUGUUGUUCACGGCUUACGAUGUCCUGCGUUGUGCACUCAUCGAUCAACGAGUCAGUGGAUGGUUCACUGAAGAAUCUUCUCCUGGGGACUCGGAGACACUUACGUACUUGAUCAACCACGUCUUGACGCUCGUAAACGACGAUGCUUGUCCGUACAAUUUAAGACUUGUCACAAUCCAAUUAGCCUGCAAUCUGUUCACGUCUGAUCUUUUCGUCAAGUCAGCGUUCAGUGGCGAACACAACAGUGGUUUGCCUGCAAUGCUCGUACAAGUAGCAACCGCAAGUUUGCUCGCCGAGCCUGACAAGCCAGCCGUUCGCGCUGCUGCUUCCUCGCUCGCUUUCAACAUUGCUGCAACAGUCUACCGUAUCAGAAGAGAGGAGGAUCUUGAAGCAUUGCAGGAGUCUUCACAGGUUGAGAUGGCUGCUAGCUUACUCGAGAUGAUGACGACAGAACUUGAGAGCAGAGAACAGAAGAAGGACGCGACCGGAACAGAUAUGCUUAAGACGGCAAUCUUCGCUUUUGCUUACUUGAUCUACUGUGCCCCUCAAGGUGGCGAGUUGCAUGAUCUCUGCAGUGCAAUGGAUGCUAAGGCUUCAGUUUUGAGGUUGAAGGAAGUCAAAGAGUUGGCAAAAGUUUCAAGUGAAGUUGGCGAACAGCUUUUGGGAAAGAACUGGUGA